UGGAAAAUGACCACUACGCACUCCAAUACUACAAGUACCAUAGCUUGUUUGGUCAUAGGAAUGGCAGGUUCUGGAAAGACAACUCUUGUACAGAGACUGGCAGCUGAAUUGUCUACAAGGGAUCUGUGUACUUAUCUAGUGAACUUGGAUCCUGCAGUCAUACAAAUUCCAUAUGAACCUAACGUAGAUAUUCGAGAUACUUUGAAUUAUAAGGAUGUUCAAGUGGAGUUUCAGUUGGGUCCCAAUGGAGCCAUAUUGACUGCGUUGAACCUCUUUGCUACCAGAAUAGACCAACUUGUAGAGUUGUUGGAAUCAAGAGAAGAACAGGUCGAUACUUUUGUAGUGGAUACUCCUGGACAAGUCGAAGUAUUUACGUGGUCUUCUUCGGGUUCUAUUAUAGCAGAAAGUAUUGCUUCAUCUUUUCCAACUAUUUUGUUGUAUGUAGUAGAUACUCCUAGGGCAACUAAACCUUUAACCUUUGUGAGCAAUAUGAUUUAUGCUUGUAGUAUUAUGUACCGUAUGCAGUUACCACUUGUUGUUGUAUUGAAUAAGAAGGAUUUGGUUUCUACAGAGUUUGCUCAACAAUGGUUGAAUGACUUUGAUACAUUUGACGAAGCCAUGCAGCAAUUAGAAGGUGAUUAUUCUUCCAACUUGGCUCGUUCCAUGGCAUUAGCGAUGGAAGAGUUUUAUCGAGUCAUAUCUUGUUGUAGCAUUUCUGCUGCUACUGGAGAAGGUAUGGAUGAGUUAUGGAACUGCAUUCAAAAAGCAGCCAAAGAAUUUUCCUCUUUUCGAAAUGAGAAAAAUCAUAUUUCCAUGAAACAGGAAGCGGCUUCAUCGGAAAUGCAAUCACAAGGCGCUUCUUCAUCUCAAGAAACAAGUCGCCAAAGAAUUGCUAAGAAGCUGAUAUGCCAACCAACGGAACAAUCCAAACAAAUAACACAGGAUACUUUCUUACAACGGGAUGUAGAAACAACUUCUCUUGUAGAACAAAUGAAUGAAGAAGAAGAAGAAUAUCAAGCGCUUCUCAAUCAAUUCUCCACUUCAUGGCCAUCUUCACAAUAAAAUGAGGAUUAUGGUUUGUCCAUUUUGGAAGACCUUUUAAAGGUCUCAAAAUAUGUCAUUUGCUGAGCCAACUUAUAAGCAACGAAGCU